AUGAAUCAUCAGUCUGAAGCUUUGUUACCUGUUUCGCUUGAUGAGCCGUCCCCUGCUCCAUCAUGGGAGUCGAAUCCAGUACGAAAUCCGAGAACGAUUCCGGUUGAGCGCCAUGGCGAGAUGUAUAGCGGAGCUGGCAGUUACGAACGACUCAUCUCUAGGAGACCUAUAUCGCAUGUAGAAGAGGAUCUAAAUACGGAGCCAUCGACUCGGGUCGAACCACGCUCAUCACCACCUCUCCUACCUCCCUUCCAUGAGUCCAAGGUAACAUCCGGACCGCCUCCGAACCGCAAUACAAUAACCUCAUGGGUGUUUGAGAUCGUUGCAUUAACAAUGAGUGUGGCCUCCAUUGUCGCAAUUAUCGCAAUCCUUAUCCACCAGAACGGUAAACCUAUUGCGGCCUGGAAAUUUGUCCUCACGCUGAACACAGUCAUCGCCACUCUUGGAACGAUAGCCAGAACUACUCUGGCUUUUGCUAUGAGCCCUUGCGUUGGACAGCAAAAGUGGAGCUGGCUCCGUCGGAGGUCUGAUAGUAUACGGGCUUUCCAGAGGUUCGAUGAAGCAAGUCGCGGCCCAUGGGGCGGAAUACGGCUAUUUAUCUGGCUGAAAUUUAGACAUUGGGCAGCUCUGGGAGCUUUAGUAACUGUCGGGACAGUUGCGUUCGACCCUUUUCUGCAAGCGGUCAUAUCCACGUACGGCCAAAUGGACAACAUCAAUGCGGACCCAAUCUCUACCGUGGGUCAAACUUGGAGAGUUGAUGGUGGGCAGAUUGUGAAGUCUCCAGGUUCCGCUAUGGUAGGAUUCAACUCAUCGGCUGGAUGGCUCGGUAUCAUACAGACGACUAGUCGACCAGACUUUGGGAUGGUAAGCUCCAUCUAUGGUGGUUUUCACAAUGACUCAGUGCUUACUGGAAAUACCGUGGCGUUUGAAUGCACUACAGGCAACUGUACCUGGUCGACCUUUGUCUCGGCUGCUGUGUGUAAAAUCCGAAAUUGGAAUGGCUACUCAGAGAUUGUCAACGAGAAUUGGUGGAAUCUCACCACUGGCAACUCGCAGUCCUUGUCCCGAACUCUUAUGACGUUGAACACCACUUGUAAGUCGUCGCGUACCCUGAGGCAUGCGAACAUCGAUACUCUGAUGAUGGCUUUUGCUAUCGUGAGGGCACCUGAUGAAUGGAUCCAAUCGAAAGUGCCUUGGGAAUCAUCGCGGCCAAUUGCGACAGAGUGCGCGCUAUACUUUUGCACGAAUGCUUACCAAGCCAAAAGCCAGAACGGAGUACUCCAAGAGCGUGUGAUUGGUUCAUGGGCUAUUCGAGAUCAAGAAUCUUUCGCAAUCGAUCCUUCAGGUAGCAUCCAACCGGAGCCGGGGGUGGAGGCCGUACAAGGAGCUCCGUGGCUUGACGUCGAUAUCGAGGAUCUAUACGACCCGAUAGAGACUGCAGAUCUGUCAAGGUACGAUCUACGUCUCAAAAUUGGUCCGGAUCCAAUCGAAGGUUUUGCACGCCCCGAUGCGAUAGCGCAGGGUGUUAACAUCUCUCAUGCGCUCAUCAGAAGCACGAUCAAGUACCUCCACGAAUUCACAGGACGGACUGAAGACGACAUCAAGAUGGCCGUUACACAUGGCAACGAAUCGUACGUGCGUCCUAUCGCCUUCCCUUUCAGCGACGCACCGCCUGUGAUCGACGCGCUUUGGAACUCUACGAAUUUGACCGCAACUUUCGAGAAUGUCGCCAGAAGUCUCACUAGUCAGAUACGCAACACCUCGCCUCAGCGACACGAGGGGUCUACGCAAAGCUGGGUGAUACACGUACGGGUGGACUGGGCGUAUUUAGCGUAUCCCAUCAGCAUGCUUUUGAUAGGAAUACUCUAUGUGAUUCUUGUCAUAGUCGAGUCUGCACGACUGAGAUUACCAGUGUGGAAGGAAAGUGCGCUCCCAACAUUGCUGUAUGGAUUCGACGAUGAGACUCAGGUGUUGCUCAGGACAAGGGAGAACUACGAAGGAGGUAAAAGGGUGGACACGAACGUGAGGUACGAUGUUGAUGAGAAGGAGGACUGUUUGAGAUUGACCGCUGAUUAG